AUAACAACCAAUACAAUGAAUCACAGCGUAUACGUUUGCGACUUGCUACUGAAAUUGUUGUACUGGUUUUACUCAGACUGGUCUUCGGUUGUUCCAACAGCAGACCAACUGCGACCAGCCAGUAUGGAGCACGCGUUUGCGCUCGUCGUUUUAACACUGUUACAACUAUGCCGAGGCGAAAUAUCAGAGCCGGAAUGGUUCGCCGCAAACCUCGUCAACGAACCAGGUUACACACCGAAACCCAUAACGGAGAUAUUCACAAGUGAUUCACCGGGCACCUCAAAGAAUCCGGCCCUUUUUACGCAACCGACAACCGGUACAACUUCGACAUUACCACCUACUCCUAGGCCUACGCCUAAUAUCGCAGUAGUACAGAAUGGAAAUCCUCCUCCUUCACAAAAUGGAGGAUCACCAGUUCAAAAAACUCCAGAACUAACGUCACAAGUUGUGGAAAAUCCACCGAAAAAUGAAUUACCGAAUUUCCUUAUUGUUUUUGAUCCAAGGGGACCAGUCAAUCCAGUUCAACCGUCUGUCGUACCGCCAUCGCCACCAACUUCACCUCAAACUCAGGCAACUACGCAAAACCAGCCGACCACAGCAACUUCCACAUCCUCAACAUCACAGUCUACGAUGUCAAUACCGUCAACUCAAGGAACUUUACCAACAUUCCAGCCAGAAAAUCCACAACAGAUACUAAUAAAUUCAUCUGCACCUGCUUUCCAGUCAGGAAGUCCGCAACCUAUACUGACUAAUACUAAUAAUAUAUCCCCAGCUGCUUGGCCACCUGGAACAUUGGUCUUCCCACUACAGUUUCCAAGUGCCAACCCAACAGCGUUACCAAUUCCGACAACUGCUAGUCCAAUUUUACCUCCAGUACCACAACCUGCAGGACUUGUUAAUUCCAAACCCGUAUUAACAGUACGCGUCAAAGCCCCACAGGGUUCGAUUACCAACAUACACAUAAAUCCUACAACGACAGUCCGACCAUCGACAACUAGACGACAAAAGUCUACCAGAAGGACCAAUAAUUUCGAAUCAUGCAUGAAUGCGUGUAAGGGGAAAAAGGAGCCAAUUUGUAGCAGCCCGGUGGGACUGAAUCCCAUUAAUCCAGACAGGUUGAAAGGAUUCCCUUCGCUCUGUCAUAUGGCCUGCCACAAUUCUUUCAAGAAAGAACAAGUGUAUGAAAAAGUGACGGAUGGACGAUGCGGUAAGCUGCGUACGCGCAUACGGCCUGUGGACAAGAAGAAACUCAACAGAGAAGAGUUGAACAAAGCACAAUACACCAUAGUGCAUAAUGCUCCAGAUACUGUCGUAGAAUUCUCGCCAGUAAGACAAUGAGAUACAAUCCAUUGCACAAAAGUAAAAAAAACAUUGACGGAUCAGUCAUAACUCAUAAGUCAUAACAUCACGCAUAAACUAGUCGUGUUUACAUAGACAGGAAUGAAUACUUGAUACGUAAUAAUAAGUUUUUAUUGAUUUUGUAAUACAAUGUUUUUACUAUUACAUGCGAUUGAAUAAGACAAUUUAAUAUUGAUUGUUACGAAAUGAUAAAAUCGUUGGUUCUUUAGUUCUAUUACGAAAUUAUUUUAAUUCAGUAACUAGCAAUAACGGAUGUUUUUUGUAACUUUUGCCCACCUUAAUUUUAUAUAAUUUAUCAAUUAUAUUAUUUCUGUAAUAUGUAGUUGGUAGAUAUUUUUAAAUCUGACAAUAUGAGCGUCAUUAAACCAGAGUGCAAAAAGAUUGAUUCAGGGUGCAGGGUACAGUAGUUUGCGGCUGGCCCAUGAUACUAUUUUUAACCCCCGACCCAAAAAGAGGGGUGUUAUAAGUUUGACGUGUGUAUCUGUCUGUGGCAUCAUAGCUCCUAAACUAAUGAACCGAUUUUAAUUUAGUUUUUUUUGUUUAAAGGUGGCUUGAUCGAGAGUGUUCUUAGCUAUAAUCCAAGAAAAUCGGUUCGAAAAAAGUUAUCAGCUCUUUUCUAGUUACUGUAACCUUCACUUGUCGGGGGUGUCAUAAAUUUUUAAUUUCACACUUGUCAAUGAAGUAGUCAAGCUUCGCGUACAAUACUCAAUUCAAGGCAGAUUGCUCGCUGACUCGCUCAGUCCUCUGCGCUGUUGCGGGAGCUACCAAUCGGCUGGCCCGGAAUCUACUCAUACAAAGCUUUUUUGCUCAAUGAUUCUGAUACGAACUACUAAGUUGUGGAAUGGCCUUUCGGCGUCCGGCCAAAUAUAACUUGAAUACUUUCAAGGCAAGAGUAAAUAGGCAUCUUCUAGGUAAGCACACUCCAACUUAGACCUCAUCAUUGUUCUGUUUCUCAGGUAUGAUUGUCGUCAAGCACAAACCUAUCUCACAAUAAAAAAAAUAGGUACUCGACUACGCGUCGCACAAUCUAGCUUCCAAUUUGCACCAAAAUCUAAAAUUUGCAAUCAGCCGCAAAUUAUAUGGCGAGACCGCGCCUUUAGACUGACGACAGUAUAUCUGACUUAAA